AAUGCACUGCACACGUUGUGGGAUGUGAAGACCCCUGAGCCUGAGCAUGGGCCACCACCUGCACUAGAGGAGAUAAGCUGUCACCUGAGUGAGCUGCUGGACUCUGAGCCACUCUCUCAGGCCACUGGAGAUGACUGCCGCUCUCCAUCUCUGCAGGAAGAACACAAAACAGAUGAUGGCCGAAGUGUUUUGUUGGAGGAUUGGACUGAUGAUGAGGAUGGUACAAGGAGCCCAACAAGGCACAAAUUAAACUCUUUCGCACAGAGAGACACAGUGCUAGACAUGACCGAUGAGGAAACAGAAGAGAAGGACACAUGUGAAGAUGCUCAGAGAUUCAUGGAUCAAACAUUAUCUGUCACAAAAGAGAUGGCAUCUAUGUUUGAAAGUGUAAAGAGCUGUGAUUACAGUGAGAUCCCCCAAAAUAUUCAAAUUUCAGGAAUCCCAGAGCAUUCUGAGCAAAGUGAUUGUGAGGAAGUUGAGGAAACCAAUGGACAACUUCUUCCAGUCUCACAUCGUAUCUCUAGAAACACUUGUAAUCCCAUCAGGUUUCCCCAUUUGUCCUCAGGGGAACUGAUGAAUAACAGUGGGAUUGAUGCUGAAACAUUUCCAGCGCCAGGCAUUAGGGCAAAGUCAUCUCUUAGCACCCCUAAAACGUACCACUCGGUUAGAUCAAAAGGGGAGGAGAUUAAACCAAAGGUCACACCUCAAACUUCAGCCAGAAGCCCUGUAAUAAAAAUCAGACUUGGAAAAACACACCAAGAUGGUACAAGUGGAGAAAAAGUAGGGCUACACAGUCCUAACCACAAUCUGCAGCCUCCAACGCCCACUCCUAGAAAAACAAACCCAGCUUCCUGUGACGAUCAGGUUUCCAUUCCAGCACAGUGCAUUUCUAAAGCAAGCGUCUCCCCCUCGGAGCGUUUACCUCCUACACCUCACCGGUCUUCAGCAAUAAAGAACCACAGAACCUUCAAAACCUCUCACACUGAUCCAGAUGACAUCAGGAAAGGACAGCUAAAUCACCCCUUACCUGAUUUAUCCAAAGUGGAGCCGAGGGUAUGUUUCCCGAAAAAGAGUGGAUACAAACCUCCUAAAAGCCGUCAACCUCCUCAUGAUCGAACUUCACACCUGGAUCUUCCUGUAGUGUUCAAGUCCCCUGCUGAGAUCGUGAGGGAGGUCCUUUUGAGCAGCUCUGAUGGGUCUCCAGGAAGUCCCUCCACCAGUGGGACCCACAAGCGUCCACACCGCACAGUACCAGAGGAGUUCUGCUGCCCCCAGCAGGCCAGCACACUGAUGCAGCAGCUACAGGUAUAUUAUAACAGGCUGCUUGCCAAGUAUGCAGAAGCUGAAAAUACUAUCGACCGACUUCGCCUUGAAGCAAAGUAUGCUUGUGUUGGCAUGGAGGUUAGUUCAAUUAGCGGAGAGAGUGAUGCAGACAGAGGGGAAGAGGAGAUCCUCCCAUUUCUUCUUCAUCCCCUUUAUGACAAACACCAGCGUGUAGAGAAAGACUUCUGUAAGCUCAUGGACUGCUAUCAGAGUUUUAAAGAGCUCCCUGGGAUGCUGGACCCAACUGUGACUUUAAAGAGCCAUGACUCGCUGGAUUUUGGAGUCUCUGCUCCGCCUGGGAAUACAAGCUUAAUGAACAGACAACAACAUAGGACUGUUAAUGAGCAAGAGACGACGGAAUCUGUUCAGCAGCAGGCAGCAGCAGAUUGUGUCCCUCCCUCCGGCCCAUCUGUCAGGUCACAGGUGUGUGACUCUAUGGAAACUCACCCAGAGGCUCUUUGCCACUCCUCGGUGUUGCCAGGGCAACUGGGCAGGGAAAGGAAAGCGUCAGGAAACAGGAAAACUCAAAGCAGUAGCCUGACCAGCCUAGCAGAGAGCACAGAACCCAGAACUAUGGGCUUAAACGCUAAGGCCAAGACUAUCGGAGCAUCCCCUCUAGAUGGGGUCAAGUCUCCAGAGACAGACAGUGGCUUUAUGGGCUCUGAGAGCAGUCAGCUCACUCCUGCUGUACACAGUCCUCUCCAGCAGAGGACAGUGGCAAGUUCCAUCAGGCCGUCUGGCCCACACACAAAGAACACAGAAAGACCAGAGUCUGCUCCUCCUUCUAGACAGCCUUUUGCGGUCUCCCCCUCUCAUUCACAACCCUCUUCAAAUACCCCCAGGAGACACAUCAAGUCUAAAGGAUGCACGGGUCCUGUUAGGAGGAGAGGUGGGGAGGAAGGGUGUUCUUCUUCCAGCCUUUCUCCCUCAGUAUCCCCCAUUCAUUGGCCCAGUAGCACCCUCCUGCCCUGGCCGAGCAGCCUGACCAGCCAAUCAGAGCAUGGGAGUGAUCAGGGGGAUGAAAAAGCACAGGAUGGCCAAUAUCCACAUCCAGCCAACCAUCAGAUCCGCUCUCACAGAAGCCCUUCCCUCCAUGUGCCUUAUCACCACGGUGACCACCUCCAAGCCCAAAGUUCCGUUCAGCUAACAAAUCACCAAGAGGCUCUUCAAUCUCUACAGCGAGAAGUGAACCGACUGAAGGAGAGACUAGAGGGAAAUCUAAGACUCUCCAAACCUGCCAGUCUUGUUAGAGUGCCCGCUUCUGCCACGGAAGAUACCAGGGAUCAGGCAUUCCCAAGGACCGCAAGGUCUUCAGACAGGAGAAGGCGGCAGACAAGAGAGAGAGGGAGGAAUGGAGAACAAGAGAGAGGAAACUCACUAAGACCCACUCUGAGGCAAAGAUCAGCGUCUUUACGUCGACAUCGGCCUCAAACUGAUCUGACAACUGAUUUUGAGCUAGUCCAGUCUGAGCCACGACCAUCAACAUUCAGACAUGUCCUGGUACCAAUGACAUCAAGAGGAAGAAGACAAACCAGAGGAUUUGUACAUCACAAAGAGGACAGUACCUCAGACAGAUCCAACAAUAGUGAUGAAACCGAAUCAAGCCGAGGGCCAGAAACUGCCUGCCCAUAUUGCAUAUCAGACCGCACUGGUACUUUGACACGUAAGAGUAGGAGCUCUCCACAUCUCACACAGCCUUCCUGCAACCACUGCCCAUUGUGUGAUGCAUUACAAGCCAAUCAAAGAGCCUCUCAACCAGCCAAUCAGAUGCCAGUCUCGACCCCCAGUGGGAGUCAUCCAAUGAGAUCCUCCUUACAGAGGAACAAAGGAGGUGUAAAUGUGACUCCUCCCCCCACAGUCCUGGGAGGUGUUCCAGUUGUCCCAUAUGUUCCUGUCUAUCCUUCAACUCUUUACUUCUCCAGCCCUGUGAUGACACAGGCCUACUCACAGCCCUUUAACAUCUCAGUCAGUCCUGUCAGAGAUGCGAGGCCAGGGGUCAGAGGUCAUCGUAGACGCUCUCUCUCUUUGGACCAUCAGCAGUGCUCUCUAAACAGCUCUCUGACCCGCACCAUCACGGCAGCUAGAAACAUGAGAGAGGUCUCACAUCGCAUGGCUCACUCUCAGGCCUCAGGACUACACAGCACUAGCUUCCUCACUACAUCCUGCACCUACUGACACCAGCGUUUGCAUUUGUUCUUUUAGCAGAUGCUUUUAUCCAAAGUCACUUUAAAUGAGGAAUUAUACUUUUCUACUGCUGAGCUGUGAAGAAAGUCACAUUUGUUCAUUAUUAUUAGUUUACGAAAACAACUAAUUUUCUCAUAGCGAUGUGACCGAUAAUGUAAGACAUGUAACACUUCAGCGGGAAAUGAUGGAAAGUGUGAAAUGUUUUAGGUGAACAGCUACUUUUAGAGAUUAAUAGCUGCAUUAUGGCAGCUUAAACAUUCCAGGUUUGUAUAUGCAGUG